GCGGCGCGCGCGACUACGCUAAAGAUGAGGAGCAGGAGCGAGCAGUGAUUAGUGAUUUAAAAAAAUAUAUAGAAAUAAAAUAAAAUAAAAGGACGUUGGAGAGGAAGGAAGGAAAGAGUCUCGUCAUGUUAAGUGAGCAGAAGAUGAAAAUGAAGAAUAAGUGGUAAUGGUGUUUUGUGGUGAAUUACAGUGGGCUCUGUGUUAUGGGCCGUUUUGUCAGUUGGAAGUUCGCGCGAGCGAGAUUUUGUGAGAGGAGGAAAAAAAUCCGUUGGGAUUUAAACAGUCGCGAGCGCUGCUGAGUUCACUGAGGAGGACGCUGCUGCUGCUACUGCUAACUACUACUAUUAUUAUUUUUGCAACUACACGGAAUAAAAACAGGAUUUUUCUUCUUUCUUUUCAUUCUUCACUUCGAGAAGCAUUUGUGAUGUCUUGAAGCAUUCUCUGGGCCUUUUUCUGAAGUACACGCGUGCUGAGAGCUGAUGGGCCGCACGGCUCCAACAUGAGCAUUCGCGAUGUUGGCGGGCGGCGCCGCUGCUUCGAGGAUGCCGAGCUCUCUCUGCGUGUCUAUCCUGGCGCAAUCGCCGUGGGCACCAUCUACUGCCCCAUCUUGGCCCGAAAGAGAACAACGGCCGCCGAGGUCAUCGAGCAGGUGAUCGCUCGGCUGCGGCUGGACCGCACCAAAUGCUACGUGCUGGCCGAGGUGAAGGAGUUCGGCGGCGAGGAAUGGAUCCUGAACCCGAGCGACUGUCCGGCUCAGCGCAUGAUGCUGUGGCCCCGCGCUGCGCUGGAGAACCGCUCGGGAAGCGAGGACUACCGCUUCCUGCUGCGCGAGAAAAAUUUGGAUGGUUCCAUUCAUUACGGGAACGUGGCCAUGUGGCUGCAGUUGACGGAGGAGCGCCGGCGCAUGGUGGAGCGGGGACUGCUGCCACCGCCGCAACUCCAGGACCACAACGACCUCUGCAAGCUGCCUGACCUGAGCGAGAAGACGCUGCUGGAGAACCUGCGCACCCGCUUCAGGCAAGAAAAGAUCUACACGUACGUAGGCAGCAUCCUCGUCGCCAUCAAUCCCUUCAAGUUCCUGCCAGUCUAUAAUCCCAAAUACGUUAAGAUGUACGACAACCACCAGCUCGGGAAGCUGGAGCCGCACAUCUACGCCGUGGCCGACGUGGCCUACCACGCCAUGCUGAAACGAAGGCGCAACCAGUGCAUCGUCAUCUCCGGAGAGAGCGGGUCAGGGAAGACACAGAGCACCAACUUCCUCAUCCAUCAUUUGACUGCUCUAAGUCAGAAGGGCUUCGCUAGCGGGGUGGAACAGAUCAUUCUCGGAGCUGGACCAGUGUUGGAGGCCUUUGGCAACGCAAAGACGGCCCACAAUAACAACUCGAGCCGCUUCGGCAAGUUCAUCCAAGUCAACUAUCAGGAGAGCGGCACUGUCCGAGGUGCCUAUGUGGAAAAGUACCUGCUGGAGAAGUCUCGGCUUGUCUAUCAGGAGCACAACGAAAGGAACUACCAUGUGUUUUAUUACCUGCUGGCAGGCGCAAGUGAGGAGGAGAGGACAAUGUUUCACCUCCUCAAGCCUGAAGAAUACCAUUACCUCAGUCAGAUGACAAAGAAACCACAGAAACUGCACUGGGAAUAUUAUUAUGAGAGCGAACCGCAGGACUGCUUCACAGUGGAAGGAGAGGAUCUGAAGCACGACUUUGAGCGUCUGCAGCUGGCCAUGGAGAUGGUGGGGUUCCUGCCAGCCACACGAAAACAAAUCUUUUCUCUGCUGUCAGCCAUCCUUCACUUGGGCAACAUCCGAUACAAGAAGAAGACGUACCGAGAUGAUUCCAUUGAUAUCUGCAAUCCUGAUGUUCUCCCCAUCGUUUCAGAGCUGCUGGAGGUGAAAGAGGAGAUGUUAUUCGAAGCCCUGACGACACGGAAGACAGUGACAGUGGGAGAAAAGCUCAUCGUGCCCUAUAAACUGGCCGAGGCUGGAACCGUGCGUGACUCCAUGGCUAAAUCUCUGUACAGCGCUCUGUUCGACUGGAUCGUGUUCAGAAUCAAUCACGCCCUGCUCAACAACCGAGAGCUGGAGGAGUCGGCCAAGAUCUUAUCCAUCGGCGUCCUCGACAUCUUCGGCUUUGAAGACUACGAGAACAACAGCUUCGAACAGUUCUGCAUCAACUUCGCCAACGAGAGACUUCAGCAUUACUUCAACCAGCACAUCUUUAAGCUGGAGCAGGAAGAGUACAGGGUAGAGGGCAUCACCUGGCAUAACAUAGAUUACAUCGACAACACGGGCUGCAUCAACCUCAUCAGCAAGAAACCCACAGCGCUGCUCCACCUACUGGACGAGGAAUGCAACUUCCCACAGGCCACCAACCAGACGCUGCUGGACAAGUUCAAGCGGCAACACGAGGGAAACAGCUACAUCGAGUUUCCUGCCGUCAUGGAGCCAGCCUUCAUCAUCAGACACUAUGCCGGAAAGGUCAAGUAUGGCGUGAAGGACUUCAGGGAGAAGAACACGGACCACAUGCGGCCAGAUAUCGUUGCUCUGCUGAAGAGCAGCAGAAACGCCUUCAUCGGUGGCCUGAUCGGCAUCGACCCAGUGGCUACGUUCCGUUGGGCCGUGCUGCGCGCUUACUGCAGAGCUGUGGUGGCCUUCAGGGAGGCGGGGAAGAGACAUACUGAAAAGAAGAGUGGGCAUGACGCUGCCGCUCCAUGUGCAGUUUUGAAAAGUGUGGAUAGUUUUAGUUUUCUGCAUCACCCUGUGCAUCAGAGAAGCUUAGAGAUCCUGCAGAGGUGCAAGGAGGAGAAGUACAGUGUGAGCAGGAGAGCUCCUCGUACGCCACUCUCGGACCUACAGGGCAGCAAUAACGAGCGCUCUAACCGGGACGGCAGGAAUGGACGCUCUGGGAGACAAAGCCGAUUAUCCUCCGGCGCCUCAGUCAUCGAUGAAGAUGGGAUCUUCUUCAACUCUACCAGCAGCAAGCUCCUCGAGAGAGCCCAUGGCAUUCUGAUGAGGAACAAAAACUACAAAAUGAAACCCAGUCUUCCGAAGCACCUGUUGGACGUGAAGUCUCUCAGGUACCUUAGCAGCCUGACACUGUAUGAUCGCAUCACCAAGUCCUUGCUGCACCUCCACAAGAAGAAAAAACCUCCAAGUAUUAGUGCUCAGUUUCAGGCAUCUCUUAAUAAGCUGAUGGAGACUCUUGGCCAGUCUGAGCCCUAUUUUGUGAAGUGCAUCAGAUCAAAUGCAGAGAAGCUGCCCUUGAGAUUUAAUGACACUUUGGUGCUGAGGCAGCUUCGCUACACAGGCAUGCUGGAGACUGUGCGCAUCAGACAAUCCGGCUACAGCAUCAAAUAUACCUUUCAGGAGUUUGUCCGGCACUUUCACGUGAUGCUACCCGAGGACCUGCAGGCCACGCAGGAGGACAUCAGGCACUACCUCUGCCAAGUGGAUCUCGCUCCUGAUGGCUUUCAAGUGGGCCGCACAAUGGUGUUCAUGCGUGAGGUAGCACGCCAGAGGCUGCAGGAUCUGCUCCAUCAGGAGGUGCUGCGGAGAAUCGUCAAUUUUCAGCGUCGUUUCCGAGCUGUACAGGAGAGGAAGAGUUUUCUCAGGAUGAAACAUGGCGCCUUCCUCAUACAGGACUGGUGGCGGAGCCACCAGGUCAAGCAGAGAGAUGAGCAGCUGAAGUAUGACGAUAAUGUCAGACAGGGAGCAGCAAUCUGCGUUCAGUCAGCUUGGAGAGGUUUCCAAGAGCGCCGCAGGUUCCUGCUAUGGAAGGAAGCAGUACUGGUAAUCCAAAGGAACUGGAGACUAUGCUGCUAUAGACGCGCUCAAGCUGCUGUCAUGAUCCAGGCAGCCUGGAGAGGCUACAAGGCCAGAGAGCAGUACAUCCACCAUCGUCACAUCAUUCUCUUCCAAGCAGCAUGUCGAGGCUAUUUGGCAAGGCAAAGGUUCCAAGAACUGAGGGAGCAGAAGUUGAAGGAGACACAGCUGCUGAAUGGACAAACAAGCCCAUCUCCAGAAGAAGAGAAACUGAAGCUCACUGGUCUGGAUGUGAGCAUGUGGGAGGACCAUUCUUGCGUGGAUCGAGAGAAGACUUUCUAUCGCCUCUGUGAGGUCGAGGCCCCUCAGGAGGAGCCGCAUCAGAAGGAUAAACAGAUGCACGCAGAAGACUCAGAAGCACAACCGCAAGCUCGAGUGGUGGUCAGAGAGGGAGCACGCCUGUUUGAUGACUCCAGCCUGAAAACGCGUGCUAAGAGAGAGAGCCGGCGUCUACGGGAGUUAGAGCAGGCCAAGUUUAGUCUGGAGCUGCUUAAGGUGCGUGCCACAGGAGGAACAUCUCCUUCUGAGGACAGGCGCUGGUCAGUGGAGUUUGCCAAUGAUGGUGCCCUCUCGCCUCAAGGCACUCCAGAUAGCCAAAGCUCCAAAGGAAGCUUUGAGCUGGUUAGUAUGGAUGACUAUGCUAAAGAAAAAGAGCCUGGGGAUCCUAACUCUUCUUUUUCAGCACCACCCCAGGAUGAAGUGUUCCCUAGCAGCCCCAAGUUUACAUUUCCUCCUGAAUCUUUUGCACCUGCUGUUCUAUCUAACAGUCCCAAAGCCGAAACAGACAAUCUUCCUGCUUUGCCCAAACUAGAGAACUCUCUUCCUACUUUCUACAUUCCUCCAGCAGCGAACAGUUCUAUAUUUGCAAAGUCCAGUAUAGACUCCUCCACCUCACAGCAUCAGAGUCCAGAAAAGGCAGUAAAGAAUGAGACGGAAUCUUCCCGCAGACCAGUAGUGGUUGUGAUUAGCAUGCAGAAGGAAACCCUGCUGGAUGCAGAAGAUUGGAAGCCACCAGAGGUAAAAGAUGGCUCUGCUCAGACCAGUGAGCCUCCCAGCCCGGCGCAGGGUGAAAGCACCACCCGGUCCAUGCUGGAGAGGCUCGAGAAGCUCAAUGAGGCCAAACAGGAGCGGCAGAAGCACCAGCAACAGCAGAAUGAGAAGGAGAUGAUGGCGCAGAUCCGGCAGCAGAAGGAGAUCCUGGAGAAACAACGCAAGAACAUUGCCCAGUUUGAGAGAGAGAGGUUUGAGAAGCAGAGAGGCGAAGCCCUACAGAGGAUUGAGCAAAGUAGGCAAGAAAGAUCCGGAAAGGCCACAGACAGAAGCUCUCCUAUAGCACAGCCAGAGCUACAAACCCAAGACAGACAGGGUAUGUCAUCCAAAACAAGAGAGAGACCAAAGGGCAAACAGAAUGUGUUGGAUGGAUGGUCCCCAAAACUCACCUUAGAGUCUCAAGAAGAUGCUGCCAAAGAAGCCUAUAAGAAACCACCUACCUCAAGUGUCAACAUGACUGAGCGACAUGGAGCGAUUUUUUUCUCACCCAAGGAUAAGGUUUCCCUCUCAAAGUUUGAAAAGGAAUUUACCGGUAGAGGGAAGUCAGCUGGAGUUCAGAAGGAAGCCGGACCCUCCGGUAUCAAAUCCUUGAAGCCUCUAAAAGGUCGUGAGGUUGCCAGACCAGGCCAUAAAAAAGCCCGCAUGGCACGGACACGCUCAGACUUCCUGACCCGCGGUUCAAAUCCUCCAGGGGAGGGGGAGUCAGAGGAGGAAGAGUAUGAUGAGACCCCUCUGUCUAUUGGCCCACCCCUCCCCAAGCAGGACUCAGAGGGGGGGACACUAGACGCAUGUCACAGUGACUCUGAAAUGCCGUCCAGAUCCAAUGAAGAUCAAAAGCGGAUGAUGCAUAAAGCCAUGUCUUCUGGGGACCUCGGCAAGACUGACUCCCUGAGGAAGAUUUCACAUGGAGAUGGAAGGGUUCGGGGCAAGAUGAGGUUCUGGGGAAAGACAAAGCAAGGAGAGAAGAAAUCAUCCAGAGACAGACUGAUGUAUGCUGGAGAGUCCCUAGAUGGGGACUAUCCUGAUACUGCACUCCUCAUGGCUGAAGGGGAGUGCUUGUCUCCUCCUCACAGCCCUGAUGUCGGCUCCCUGCCAGAAUUCAAGGAGAACAAGGAGCCCUCGCCCAAAAUGAAGCGGCGCCGCAGUGUGAAGAUCAGCAGUGUGGCUCUAGAGCCCGCCCAGUGGCAGAACGACGCACUGCAGAUCCUCACAUGUGCCAAUGACUACAAGAGUAUGAAUGAGUUCCUCAUGAAGAAGAUUGUUGAUCUAGAUACAGAGGACAGUAAGAAGGAUACAAUGGUGGAUGUUGUUUUUAAAAAGGCGCUGAAGGAAUUCCGCAUGAACAUUUUCAACUCCUAUUCCACAGCUUUGGCCAUGGAUGAUGGAAAGAGUAUCCGCUAUAAAGACCUGCAUGCACUGUUUGAACAAAUCCUGGAGAAGACCAUGCGUCAAGAGCAGAGAGACUGGAGCGAGUCGCCUGUUCGAGUUUGGGUGAACACCUUCAAAGUGUUCUUAGACGAGUUCAUGACUGAGUACAAGCCACUGGACAGCAGCGUGAACAAGGUCAUCAAGCCAGAUCGAAAGAAGAGGAGGAAAAAGGACACAGACAUUGUAGAGGAACACAACGGCCACAUCUUCAAAUCCACUCAGUACAGCAUUCCCACUUACUGCGAAUUCUGCUCCUCCCUCAUCUGGAUGAUGGACCGAGCAUGCGUCUGCAAACUGUGCCGAUACGCUUGCCACAGAAAGUGCUGUCAGAAGGCGAUCAGCAAGUGCAGCAAGACGUAUGAUCCUGAGCUAUCGUCAAAGCAGUUUAACGUGGAAGUCUCCCGUUUGACCCACGAUGACCGCUCAGUACCUCUGGUGGUAGAGAAACUCAUUAACUAUAUCGAGAUGCAUGGCCUCUACACAGAAGGCAUUUACAGGAAAUCUGGCUCUGCCAAUAAAAUCAAGGAACUGAAACAGGGUCUGGACACAGAUGUGAGCAGUACAAAUUUGGACGACUACAACAUCCAUGUCAUCGCCAGCGUUUUCAAGCAGUGGUUGCGUGACUUGCCCAAUCCCCUUAUGACCUUUGAACUGUAUGAGGAAUUUCUAAGAGCCAUGGGCCUUCAAGACAAAAAGGAGGUGUUGCGAGGGGUGUACUCUGUGAUCGAUCAGCUCAGCAGAACUCACCUGAACACUCUGGAAAGGCUCAUCUUCCACUUAGUCAGGAUCGCUCUCCAAGAAGAGACCAACCGGAUGUCCGCCAAUGCACUCGCCAUUGUCUUUGCGCCCUGUAUUUUGCGGUGCCCCGACACGAUUGACCCCCUGCAGAGUGUUCAGGACAUCAGCAAAACCACAGCAUGUGUAGAGCUGAUUAUUUGUGAGCAGAUGAACAAGUACAGAGCCCGGGUAAAGGACAUCAACACACUGGAGUUCGCGGAGAGUAAAGCGAAAAGCCGUCUGACGCUUAUUCGCAGAUCUAUGUCCAGUGCAGCAAGAAAGGGUAAAGGGCGACCACGCAAACUCGGCUAUCACUCACCAUCUCCUCCCGUGAGUCCUCUCACACCCACUGUCCCUGAGGUUACGGAGGAGAGCGGAGACGAAGACACCCUCAGAGAUGACGAUGUGACGGAGCAGCAGCAUGUCGCCAUGCAGCAAGAAGAAAGAGUGCUGACAGAACAGAUUGAGAGUCUGCAGAAAGAGAAAGAGGAGCUGACUUAUGAGAUGUUAUCCUUGGAGCCUCGAGCGUCUGACGACGAGACUUUGGAGUCUGAGGCAUCUAUAGGGACUGCUGACAGCUCCGAGAACCUGAACAUGGAUUCUGAAGGUGCCAUCUCUGAUUUCUCAGAAAAAAGCCCAACGUUAGCUGCCACCCGGCCCAAGAAAUCCCAGGGGAAAAUCAGGCGCACGCUACAGAGACAACCUGAUUCGCUCGACUCUGUGGACUCCUGCUCUACCGUGUCCUCCGUCUCUUCAUCCUGCGCACACUCUUCUGCUCCGUCCCGCCGCUUCCAUCUCCGAUCCAAAUUGCCUUUGUCCACCCAAGACACAGCCGAGCAGGACGGCGACGAGAGGCCCCACUUCAGCAGCCGAGGCACUUUCAACCCUGAAAAGAGCAAGCGGAAGCUGCGCAAUGCCAAGUACCCUCCCCAGAGACCCCCAGAGGACCAGGGACACAACAGAGACCCGGACCUUCAAGCACAGCAGCUAGUGUUAUACGGAAAAAACGAGUUCAUGGUCUGACGUAGCUGCUCGUCUUCCCUCAUUAGCUCAUUCCUCAGCUGUCCUCGGCGCCAGCAGAACAGUCCCUAAGUGCCAUGGAAACAGAGGCAGAAAAAGCACGUUGGUGAAGCUCCACUGGCAAAAAGGGUCGGAUCCCAAACCGACUGUUUCUGUUUUGGGGUCACAGAUUAGAAAUGAAUAUGGAAAGAUAAUGUGAUCGGAAAAAAAAAAAAAUUGAUUGUUCGGCUGCAGGCGGCUUUCCUCAGCCAGGAGACAAGGCCAUUCAUAGUGCGGACUCCAUGAACUCAAGCUAAACCAUUGGCUGCUUUUGAAGUUUACACUUUAUAACCAUGUUAAGCAGCGUGCGCUAUAAUUAUAUGUACGUAUUUCACUCCCCGGCCUAUUUAAUAAAUUUUAAUUACAUGGUAUAUAUAUAAAUAUAUAUAUAAAUCUCUCUAUAAAUAUAUUAUAUGACAUGAAAUGUACAAAGCUGGAACACCAGUAAUUUUCUGGGUUGUUAAAUUCUUAUAUUUAUCAUUUUGCUUGUUAUGAACACUUUGGAAAGUGAUGAGACUGUGUGUGUGUGUGUGUGUGUGUGUGUGUAAUGUGAAAACCACUUUGCCUUGUUUUUUGCUGCUUUUUGUUUUUGAUUGGACAGGAAUCUUGGCUAUGAAGGGACCAAGCCAGUUGGUGUUUUAAUGCCCGAGGAUCACAGCUGUUUAAAAAAUCACAGCCUACUGUAUCAGUAACCUUUUAACAGCCAUCCAUCCGUUCUGUUGUCCUACUGGUUUUUUUUUUGUUAGUUUUUGUUGUUUUUCUCUUUUUUUUUUUUUUUUUUUAACACAUCCGCCUCAUCUGAUUGUUGACUAAAGCAUUUAAUACAUGCCAAACACGUACACCAUGUGACUGUUUGUUUGCUCAAAUCACUGAUCAUGUUACUGAAGUCGCCUGUGUAGCGUUUGCCGAAGCCGGCCAGUACUCAAACGCUCCGUUCCUUCUCUUGAGCGCACACCGUUUAGUCCCCUACAUGAAGACAAACUGAUGCUCACCAUUCUCUUCCAUUAAUGUUACAGAUUUUGAUUAUAAUUGCAGUAUUGUUCUCGAAGAAUCUGCUGUCUUUAUCAAAUGCCAGCUGUAAAAUUCUGAUUACAAUCUGUUACCGUGUAACUAUCAUAUUAUCAACACGACACACCUCAAUGGGAGUAAGUCCAUGCAACCUAAGGUGUUGUCUGCUAAACUCUACUGGCAGAGAAACAUCUCUCACAUCCCUCUUCUUCCCUUCCCUCUUCUACCUGAACAUUUCUAUCAGUUUGUCAUUUGACAUUGUGGUAUUCAGGCAAAAGGCUCAUGCUGAUCACUGAAGAAAGUCUGUUUUUCACAUUUACACACAGGUUUAAAAAAAAAAAAAAAAGUCGCAUUGUGUUAAAGCGUAUUAUCUUGUAGAGUGUUUGAACUUCUGAUCUUUCACUGUGGGUUGCACUGAGUGCAGUGUACAGUCCUGCCUCGGCAGUGGGUUUUGGUUCUGUUAUGCAGGCAUGUGUAUAAAGUGCAUUUAAAGAACUGUUUCUUACCACACUAGAAAAUGUCAAUGGUUGUAAGAGGAUUUUCCCCAGCUCAUUAAAAUGAAAGCUGUAAAAGUU